CCACUUGCAUGCAACUACUUUUUCUUUUCCCUUUUUUUUUUUGUUUUAUACUUGUUUUACAAUAGAAUUAUGUAGCAGCUUGUUUUCUCAAGUUUGUAGGUCCCGCCACUUGCUUUCCUUUAGCCAUUAAAAUUCUAAUAACAUUACAACAUUCUGAUUCCAAUACUAUCCUUUAUCGAAGAUGAGUCUUAAUUACCCGCCUUUUGAUGUCUAUAUAAGCCCGCAGGUCUUGUCUUUAUUUCAACAUACACUUGUGAAGCUUCUCUUUUUCUUUUCUGGCAGUAGCUCCCAGUCCGGUUCACGACCACCGUGAGGCCAAACCUUGAUGUCAAGUGGGAAACAUGUGUUGCAGUGGGAGAUUUUUACUGGAAGUAGAUCGCUGAGCCUGUAAUGAGCCUCUGCACAGAAACCACUGAAGGUUCUUUCAUAGAUAGCAAGGAAAGAACGCUUGUUUGGAAUUACCAAUACGCAGAUCCAGAUUUUGCAUCAUGUCAGGCAAAAGAGAUUCUAGAUCACUUGGAAAGCGUUCUUGCAAAUGAACCAGUUACAGUUAAGAGUGGCCAUGACAUUGUAGAAGUGAAGCCUCAGGGUGUCUACAAAGUUCUUGUAGCAGAACGUCUCCUAGAAACAAUGCAGCAGCAAGGAACAGCACCAGAUUUUGUGCUCUGCAUAGGGGAUGAUCGAUCAGAUGAGGAUAUGUUCGAGGUGAUAAUGAGUGCUGUCGCAAGUUCCUCACUUUCCCCCGUGGCUGAUGUGUUUGCUUGCACAGUUGGCCAGAAACCAAGCAAGGCUAAGUAUUAUUUGGAGGACACUACGGAGAUUCUAAGAAUGUUGCAGGGCCUGGCGUCUGCGUAUGACCAUUCUGCUAAACAUGUUUCGAUAUCUCCUCAACGCAUAAUCAUCGACAGAGAAUAGGAAGGCAAAAAAAACAAGAUUGAUAGAAUGCUUUGUUGGACAUGAAUAGUUGCUAUAAGUGUAUUUAAUCUUCUAAGUUAAUUUUCCUUUCCUUGGGGUAUUGUUAUACAUUGUCUCCUAGAAAUAUCAUUUUUCUUUUGUUUGC